AGGUAGAGGCGUGUUCCUGACCCGGACCUCUUCCACGACCCGGCUCCAGGGUUAUGGCCGGGAGUGGGCAGCUGGCUCUACGGACUUUGUCAGGGUCAGGCUGGGUUCGGGGCUCGGGCUUCCAGUUGCUGAGUCGCCUGAAGUAUGCGGCCGUGGUGCGUCCCGGCUUCCUCAGCCCGGACGAGGAGGAGACGCUGAGCCGCGAGCUGGAACCCCAGCUGCGGCGUCGCCGCUACGAAUACGAUCACUGGGACGCGGCCAUCCACGGCUUUCGGGAGACAGAGAAGUCCCGCUGGUCAGAGCCCAGCCGCGCCAUCCUGCAGCGCGUGCAGGCGGCCGCCUUCGGCCCUGGCCAAACUCUGCUCUCCCCAAUCCACGUGCUGGACCUGGAGCCUCGGGGCUACAUCAAGCCUCAUGUGGACAGCGUCAAGUUCUGUGGAGCCACCAUCGCCGGCCUGUCCCUACUGUCACCAAGUGUCAUGCGGCUGGUACACACACAGCAGCCAGAGCAGUGGCUGGAACUCUUGCUGGAGCCUGGCUCCCUCUAUAUUCUAAGGGACUCGGCCCGCUACGAUUUCUCCCAUGAGAUCCUCCGAGACGAAGAAUCCUUCUUUGGGGAGCGUCGGGUUCCCCGAGGCCGACGCAUCUCUGUGAUCUGCCGCUCUGUCCCUAAGGGGACGGGGCCAGGACAGCUGCCCCCAGCCUGCUGACGGACCCCCAGGGUCCAGACACCAGACUGGUGAAUAAAGUCGACGGGUCAAGCCAUCUGUCCAGCCUGCUAGAGGGAGCCCAGGGUGGCACCUGCCCGUGGGGGAGCCCAGAUGGCGGCAGUCACAAGGCCAGGAAAGCAGUGCUUUUAUUUUGCUCGUUGAUGGUGCCCAGCCCCCCUCCCCGUCUUGGACGCUUGCACCCGGGUCUCCCAUAAAUAAGCCAGCUGAGACCCCGCACCCUGUAGC